AGACAGAUUCCAGUAAGAAUUUGCUUUAAAGACACCGCUAUCCAUGCAUUCUUUCGACCAGUUUCUUUUCUGUUGAGAUACAAUGCAGGUGAUGUAGAGAAGGCUGAGAGGAGUGAUGUUCCUGACAUUGAUAAGAAAAAAUACCUUGUCCCUGCUGAUUUGACUGUUGGACAAUUCGUUUAUGUUGUUCGAAAAAGAAUUAAGCUCAGUCCUGAGAAAGCGAUAUUCGUCUUUGUCAAAAACACUUUGCCCCCUACCGCUUCUUUGAUGUCUGCAAUUUACGACGAGAACAAAGACGAGGAUGGUUUUCUUUACAUGACUUACAGUGGAGAGAACACCUUUGGGUCUGUUCAGUGAUAUACCAAGCUGUGUAUAUAUAUUACACAAGUCAUGAUGUAUAUUCUAACAAAGUUCUUCCUUUUAGUCACUCUUAACCAGGAUGUUUGUUUAUGUUUACACUCAGUCGGGAUUCGAAUGCAUGGGAUUGAGGUUUCUGGGACUUAUUGAUGCUGGAGAUGGUUUAUUAUGUGUUUGGAGAUGGAAAAUGAAUGAUUGGGAAUGAAUUCAUCAGUAUAUUCCUCUUGUUUUUUUAA